AUUUCAAUGAACUGAAAUCUAUAAUUGAAGAAUUCGAAGAAGAAUCUGAAUGUGUGAGAGCAGCUAAAAGACUUUUUAAAAUGCCAUCGAUACAAAGUAAUCUGGUGUAUAUUGUAUCUAAUUUUGGAUUUUUGCCUGACACAAUUACAAAACUAGAAACAAGAGGUGUAUUACUAUCGAAAAGUGUAGAUAUUGUAAAUAAUAUACAGAUUAAACUCGAAGAAUGCAAUGGCGAAAUAGCUAAAUUGAUUUUGGAUAAAUUCAACAAAGUUAUAUCGAAGAACAAAGGAUGGGGAAAUAUCAAAAAUAUCAACCAAGUAUUAAUUGGAGAAACCACAACCGAUGACGAUCUAUCAAGUAGCAAUCUUAAUUUAGAUAAUUAUUUAAGUAUGAAAUACGCCCCGAUAACUUCGGUGGACGUAGAAAGAUCAUUUUCGAUGUACAAAAAUAUUUUAACCUCUAAUCGUAACCGUUUUACCGAAGACAACCUAUCAAAAUACAUGGUAGUCAAUUUUUUUUUUAAUACCAACUAAAUGUGAGCAAUUGAAAGUGUUUAAAAAAUGUUCACUUUUUUAUUUUGUAGUAUAUUUAUGAAUUGCCUUUUUAUAUGAAUUAAAUGCCUUUUU